GCGUAAUUUGACGUAUAUUAUAGUACCCGGUCGUGAGUCCUCGACCUGGGUAAAAGCAUAGAUUCUAUAGAGUGUGUCAGCUACAUUCAGUCCAUAAAGCUACAGGCAUGAAGAAUCGUUUGAAUGAAAGAAGAAUAACACUACCAUUUGUCAACAGAUGUUAUAAAUUAUAAGUGAAUGGCAAAAAAUGAAGGCACAAUUAACUGCCCUUUCUCUUUGUUUAAUAGAUUCUCAUUAUAUCGGCGGUGCUUCAAAAAAUGGUUCAGCAAGUGCUCAAAUGUUAUCAACAUUAUUUCAUGUGAAAGGUUCAAGUGAAGAUGCUGGCGGUAUGUAUUUUUCACUAACAAGAACGCUCAGAAAAUCAUUGGAACUGAUGUUACGGACGUCUAACUCUAGGCUUUAUUCUUUCUUCAAUGCAUGUUUUCUAACGUUCUCCUAUUGAUGUGUUACUUACGUUGAAACUACCUAUAUUCAAAAAC